UAUUGUAAUAACAUUUUAUAGUUUAACGCAAUACAGUGUUAAAAAUGAAUUCCAUACUUCUUGUUAUAUUUAUAACCAUAACUUUUAUUUCCGCAUCUGAAUCAAGGUUCUCAAACGGGAGACGACUCCGCCGUGAUGCAGAAGGUUCCCUGGAUAUUGUUACGAACAAUGUCCAACCCAUACAUGCUGAUGUUAAAAAUGACCAGGCGAUUUCGGAACAGGUAACACCACCCAAAGACAUAUUCUCACUGCGCAGGAGUUUCCCGCUAUUAAGUACAUUGGAUUUAUUCCGAGCUAUCAGUAGAUUGAUCAGUGUCACCGUGUUAGCUGUCAGUGCCGGCAUCGAAUUCUUCCCAAUUCUACAAGGCUUCUACGAAACUAUACAUGAACUAAUUUAUUUUAAUAAAUAUUAAUUCCAAAUCCUUUCUUGCAUUCGACUACGAAA